CCUCAACAUGCUCUCCCAGCACCAGUACUGAGCUCCAGAGGGAACCUAUCCAACGUCCAUGUCCGUGGCUCUCUCUGAUACUCUACCUGUCCAUCUCUCUGUCAGCUCCCCGUGUCACCCCUCACUCCUAGACAGGAGCAGAACAUGGAACACCAAUCAAUGAGGAAGGGAUCAUGGAACCCAGCCGUGCUGCUUCACCAUCCUGCCUGCAUGGCUCUCCUCUUACUGCUACUCCCUCCUGCCCUCGGCCAGUUAGAUCUGAACCGGUUAGAUGGGGACACUGUCUCUGUCUGCCCUUCCAUGAGAAAUGGACAAGAUGACCUUCCAGGUUUUGAUUUGAUCACCCAAUUUCAGUUGGAUGUCAUUCCUCUGAAGGGGGUGAGGAAGGUGGAAGGCUCGACUUCUCUCCAGGUAGCAUACCGCCUCGAUAGGGAGGCCAACUUCCAGAUUCCUACCAGGCUGAACUUUCCUCGCGGUUUCCCAGAUGAGUACUCUUUCAUGGUCACGUUCCGUAUGAUCAAGAACACGGUGAAUAAGGUGUGGAACGUGUGGCAGGUGGUGGAUGAAGACGGCCGGAAGCAGGCGGGUCUCAGGCUGAAUGGAGACCAGCAGGCUCUGGAGUACUUCCUGAUCGGUCCGGACGGCACCCUGCAGACCGUCGUCUUCCCGGGGCUGUCCGUCUUGUUCAACACCAAGUGGCACAAGGUCAUGGUUGGGGUAGAAAGAGACCAGGUCACCCUAUAUGUGGACUGCCAGCCAGUGGACCAGAAGCCCAUCAAGGGGAAAGGCCCAGUCAACACAGACGGAGACACACUUAUCGGGAGGUUGGACAGUGACUCUGACGCUUCUGUCGUGUUUGAACUCCAGUGGAUGCUUAUCCACUGUGACCCGAAGAGAGCGAACAGAGAGAACUGCUUGGAGCUGCCAGCCUCAGAGAUGUAUGCCAAUGCUGAGCCUGACCCUAAGCCUGUCCCCGGCCCUCCUGGCCCCACCGGCCCUGAGGGACCUAGGGGGCCACACGGAGAGGACGGCAGAGACGGGAGAGAUGGCCUUCCAGGUUCACCUGGCAUUGCUGGCAUCCCUGGGGUCAAAGGAGAGAAGGGAGAGAUCGGUCUGCCUGGGCAGAGAGGCCUGCCUGGCCUACCAGGAGCAACUGGAUUACCUGGUCCAAUGGGCCCAAGAGGACCUGUGGGAGAAAGGGGACUUCAAGGUUUUCCUGGGCCAGCAGGCUCUCCAGGACCCGCGACUGCUGGACCUCCUGGCCCAGCAGGGAAACCAGGAACUCCAGGAGAUGAAGGGAACAUUGGGCCCGAGGGUCCCCCCGGACCUAGAGGUGGUCUGGGUCUCCCUGGUCCUCCCGGCCCACCAGGGCUACCGGGACCUGCUGGACCACCUGGGGCUGGUAAAGCUGAGGGGAGUGGGGAAGAUUGCCCUGCUGCUUGCCCAGCCGGACCUCAGGGAAACCCUGGCCUACCAGGGAUGAAGGGACACAAGGGAAUACCAGGUGACAAUGGCUCUGCUGGAGAACCAGGACCAAAGGGCGAGCCAGGACCAUCUGGGGUGCAGGGUUUACCAGGCAGAAUGGGAGAUGAUGGACAAAGAGGACCUAUUGGUUUUCCUGGCACGCCUGGAGACAAAGGAGACAGAGGUCCCCCUGGUUUCAAUGGCAUCCCCGGACCCACCGGACCGCCAGGGUCCCCUGGGAUGGAGGGCAUUCGUGGACGUCAGGGCCUACAGGGAGAAAAGGGUGAUGGGGGAGACAUCGGUCCUCAAGGGGAGUCGGGUCCACUUGGCCCGAAAGGAGACACUGGUGCCCCUGGCGUUGAUGGUAUGAAUGGACUCCCAGGAGUGGACGGAGCUAAGGGAGAGGCCGGCGUUCCUGGGACUGUCGGAAUCAGGGGAAUCGUCGGAAUUCCAGGAUUACCAGGCCAACAGGGUUUGGUUGGACCUGGAGGUGCCAAGGGUGAUACAGGAGCUGAUGGACCCACAGGACCAAUGGGACUUCCUGGGAAAACAGGAGAAACUGGACCAGCAGGAAAGGAUGGACAACCAGGGGAAAAGGGAGCAACUGGAAUGACUGGAAAGCAGGGGCCAGUGGGGCCUACAGGUGAAACAGGUAUCCACGGUGACAAAGGGGACAAAGGUGACACAGGUGAAAAGGGUCUGAAGGGUCACACUGGACAGAAAGGUGACCAGGGUCCAAUUGGUCCUAUUGGCCCUAAAGGAAGUGAAGGAAAUCCGGGGCUUACAGGUGACUCUGGUGUAAAGGGAGACCAGGGUCCUCCUGGUGUUCCUGGAAACAAAGGAGAGGUUGGAGAGAAGGGCAUGAGGGGUGCUACAGGGGCUGAUGGUAGACCUGGUCAGCCCGGACAUGAGGGUUUAACCGGUCCACAGGGAGCCAAUGGACUGGAGGGCGAGAGAGGAUUACCUGGAACCCCUGGGCCUAGAGGUUUACCUGGUCCUAAAGUGAAUGACGUUAUACUUCGGGAACUAUGCUCAGCCAUUGUAGAAGAACAUUUAGCCGAGUUUAAGAAGGAAGUCCUAAAAAAACCAGCGGCAAUCGGUGCACCUGGUGUUUCUGGACUACCGGGUCCUCCAGGUCCACCGGGCCCAGCAGGAGAACCUGGCCCCAGAGGUCUAAUAGGAAUGAAGGGACCACCUGGAUACUUUGGAUUACCAGGCACACCUGGAAAACCAGGUGACGCUGGCUUGAAGGGGGACAAGGGAGAUAAGGGAGAAGUCGGAGUGGGUAUCCCAGGAACUCCAGGGGAGCCAGGGCCACAAGGUGCAGCUGGCAUCCCUGGCAUUGGGAAGAACGGAGCAGAUGGAGCUCCGGGUAAAGACGGGGUUAACGGUAGCCCGGGACCCUCUGGCCCCAGAGGAGUCACAGGAGCUCCAGGGUAUUGUGACCCCUCAAACUGUAUAGGCAGGCCCCCACCUCUCUAUCUGAUGAGUGAGGGAAAGAAAUCCAGCUACUCCAAAGGGCCGUGAGAAACACACAACAGAAGCUCAGAGCACAUUCCGGAAUAGAUUCCAUCCCCAUCUGAAGCCAGAGAGACAUGAGGUGCCCAGUCCAUCAUUGCACCACUGAACCAAAGACAAACACAAAGGUGAACAGAGAAGAAGGCAAAUGUAAUGUAGAAUACUGUAUAGAUAUUUUUCUAACUUCAUCUUUUUCGACUGAUGCAUCGUUUUUUUAUCGAGAGAGCUUAUCUGACAUUGUGCUUUCCAAAACAGCUGCUAUGGAUAUUAAGCUAACCUUUUUUGUCGAGCGGUCCAUCGUGGCCCAAGUGCUGUCCCAAAGACAAAUAAAUAUAAAUA